AGCUCUUGGGUUGCCCUGGCUCUGCUUGUGCUGUGGAGCCCCACACGGACCCAGAUCCCAGCCCUGUCUCAGAGACUGCAGAGGAGACAUCAGAUAGUGCAGGACCUGCGCCUCUGCCUCCAUGAUGGACCCCCUACGGCUCUACAGGUGGUGUUUCUCCUGGAGAAGAAUGCUGUGCUUAUUUUUUCUGACAUUCGUCUCAUCCGGUUUUGCUCCUCGGUGGAAAGAGAAAGAAGAAUUCAUGUUUAGAAAAGCAAAGUCAGCUGAGGAGAGGUUUAAUUUUUCAAAUCUGACCCCUCUGGAAUUAAAGGACCGAUCUAUGGGACUUCAGAUUAUGAGUUCUAUUGGGAAUAAUUCACACUUCACACUGGAGGGGCAAAAGUUCCUCAUCUUUGGGGGUUCUAUCCACUACUUCCGGGUGCCCAGGGAAUACUGGAGGGACCGCUUGCUGAAGCUGAAGGCCUGUGGCUUCAACACAGUCACCACCUACAUUCCAUGGAACCUACACGAGCCGGAAAGAGGCAAAUUUGACUUCUCUGGGAACCUGGACCUGGAGACCUUUGUCCUGAUGGCUGAGGAGGUGGGGUUGUGGGUGAUUCUGCGACCAGGCCCCUACAUCUGCGGGGAGAUAGAUCUUGGGGGCCUGCCCAGCUGGUUACUGCAAAACCCCGAUAUGAGACUGAGAACAACUGAAAAGAACUUUGUAAGCGCUGUUGAUGAAUAUUUUGAUCACUUGGUUCCCAGACUGGUUCCUCUCCAGUACCAGAGAGGUGGCCCUGUCAUUGCUCUGCAGGUGGAGAAUGAAUAUGGCUUCUUUGGAAGGGAUAUAACAUACAUGCCUCACCUUCAAGAGGCUCUACAGAAGAGAGGGGUUGUGGAGAUGCUCUUGACCUCAGACAAUGAGAAAGAAUUGUUGAAAGGCUCCAUCAAAGGAGUGCUGGCCACCAUCAAUAUAAAAAAGGUGCACAAGGAUGUGUUCAAGCUACUUAAGAAGCUGCAGCCAGAGAAGCCCAUUUUUAUUAUGGAAUAUUGGGUUGGCUGGUUUGACACCUGGGGUGCUGAACACUCAGUGAAAGAUGUCGAGGAGAUUGAAAAUGCGGUGUCCACGUUUUUCACAUUUGAGAUAUCCUUUAAUGUGUAUAUGUUCCAUGGUGGGACCAACUUCGGUUUCAUCAAUGGGGCUAUAAACUUUGGGAUGCACAGAGGUGUUGUCACCAGCUAUGAUUAUGAUGCAGUAUUGACAGAAGCCGGGGACUACACAGAGAAAUUUUUCAGGCUUCGAAAACUCUUUACCAACGUCUUAGCUCCCCCCCUCCCCCCCAUACCCAAGUCCACUCACAAGACUGGGUAUCCACCUGUGUGUCCAUCAUUCUACUUGCCACUAUGGGAUGUCCUCAAGUACUUAGGUGAGCCAGUUAAAUCAAAGGUACCACUCAGCAUGGAGAAUCUUCCUAUAAACAAUGGAAGUGGACAGUCCUAUGGAUUUGUACUUUAUGAGACUUCCAUCUGCACUGGAGGUCAACUGCAUGUGAGCGUUCAUGAUGUAGCACAGGUGUUUUUGAAUGACAGCCCUAUAGGCUAUCUAGAUGAUAGUUUAAAUUCUUUGUACAUUCCUUUUAUGAAGGAAUGUCAGCUUCUAAGGAUCCUGGUGGAGAAUCAAGGAAGAGUCAAUUAUUCUUGGGACAUGCACAAAGAACGGAAAGGAAUAACUGGACCUGUUACCAUAAAUAACACUUUUCUACAAGAGUUCACUAUCUACUCUCUAGAAAUGAAAACAAGCUUCUUCAACAGGCUUCAUUCUGUCAGCUGGAAUCCCAUCAAAGGAAAAUAUAUAGGCCCUGCCUUCUACCUUGGUACCUUGAAGGUUGGUUCUUUUCCCAAGGACACCUUCCUGAGCCUACCAGGCUGGAAAUGUGGAUUUGUGUUCAUUAAUGGACAUAACCUUGGGCGGUAUUGGAUAAUUGGACCUCAGAAAACGCUUUACCUACCUGGAGUCUGGCUUCAUCCUGAAGACAAUGAGAUCAUAGUCUUUGAGAAAUUUAUGAGUGGUACAGAAAUCCUAACUGCACAAAGACCCAUAUUGUUUAAGACUAUAUCAUAACACAUUACUGGGAUUGUCGGCAUUUUCUACAGCUUUUCAGCAGGAAGAUUUGAAUCAAAGAUAUCUAAAACAGUGUAUAGUAAAUGAUGACUAUUUUUAGGUUUUAAAAUCUUUAAUGAUUAAUUUACCUAGUUAAAUACAUAGUCUUUAGCAGAUUCCUCCUCUAAUCCAAUGCACCUUUAGACACAUGUGAAUAAAAUAUAACAAAUAUCCUGUACUCAGUUGGGAGGAACAAGAUGUACAGCAUCAGGGAGAGUAAGAAUUGUUGCUAUCUCAGAGAUAGGCAGACAGAGAUACAUACACAGAGAAAAUGAACUUCUGUUGUAUGUGCAUGGGUGUAUAUAUCUCAGAGGGUGGUGGUGGUGGGCUGGAAUCAGUGAACUAUUGUCCUCAGACAUUUCUCUGCAUCCCUGUGUCUCCAAGAUGGCCUAGUAUGUUUCAAAACUUAUAUCUAAUCAUAGAAGGAACAGCAUUUGUGUUGUUUGGCUCUGAUAUCGAUGACAGUGAAGCCUGCCCUGGAGUACUUUGUGACUUAUUGCUACUUGAGAGUCUGUGUCUUCAAAGCCCUUUUGGGUAGAGGAAGAACAUCAGGGAGAUAAUAACCCCACCAUUUUUCUCAAAGAACAUCGUUAGAAACCAGUCACAUGCUUAUAAUAAAAACAAAGUGCCCAGCUAACUCAAAAGGAUACAUGCACCCCUAUGUUGAUAGCUGCACUAUUUACAAAAACCAGAAUGUGGAAACAACUUAAACGCCAACAACAGAUGGUUGUUUAAAGAAGUGAUGGGAUUUAUCUGGGAGGUGGCGUAGUAGCUAAAGCACUAGACUCUCAAGCAUGUGGUCCCGAGUUCCAUCCCCAGCAGCACAUGGCUGGUUCUUUCUCUCUCUCCUUCCAGCUUUCUCAUAAAUAAAUGAAUGAAUGAAUAAAUAAAUAAAUAAUUAAAAAAAGAAAAAGAAUUUGGAAGUCUGUAAUAUUUGGAGCUUUACUCUUGCUGAGUAAAACAAAUUAAUAAUAAUAAGAAGAAGAAGUGAUGGGAUACCAUUUUGCGUAAAAAAAAAAGAGCUUGUAUCACUUGGAAUAAAAUGAAUGUAACUUGAAGUGACUAUGCUAAGUGAAAUAAGGAGAGAAGUGAAGGACAACUACUGGAUAUAGCUGUCUAAAGAAAAUGAAUUUGCAAAAAUAAAACGAAAUAAACUUUGGGCUAAACUCUCUCUUGGACUUUGUGAGAAUUAUGAUGUUUAUCAUGGGGUAGAAGACACAGAACAUUGGUGGAGUGUGUGGGACUUAUAUCUUGUGCAUGUCAAAUUGUAACCUUGAAAUCUUGCAGUUUUAUAAAACUAUUAAAUCACUAAUAAUAAAUUUUAAAUUGUGCCUUAAA